AUGUUCCUGUCAUUGGCUUUGUAUGCCUUAGUAGACCAUCAUCUGAUGUUGUUUCUAUUUUCUGUUGUGAUUGAGUCACAUCGCAACUUGUAUCCUGUGAUAUUGCUGGCUCCAGCCGUUCUAGUGUUUAAUAAGAGUGGAAAAGUUAAAGCCAUUUUACAUAUUGCUUUGUCGUUCGUCGUUCUCAGCAUUGCAAUGUUCAGAUUGAACUAUGCCUUAAUGGGAGAUAAAAGUUGGAAUUUCAUUGAUGGUACAUUGGGAUUUAUAUUUUUCUAUCGUGAUUUGCAACCAAACAUUGGUUUGUUCUGGUAUUUCUUUACUGAAAUGUUUGAACAUUUCCGCACAAUGUUCUUGAUAACAUUCCAAAUGAAUGCAACGGUUCUGUAUUUGGUGCCAUUGUCCUUGAAGCUCCGCAAGGAACCGAUUCUCCUUGCAACAAUAUUAAUCGGGCUAAUGUCAAUAUUUCGUGCAUAUCCUUGUGUCGGAGAUGUUUCUUUCUACUUGGCAUUAUUACCUCUAUGGAAACGCUCAUGGAAAUUUAUGGUACACAAUUUUAUUGUAUUUUGUUUCUUUGUGGUGUCACUUUGUAUGCUACCCGCCUUAUGGCAUUUAUGGAUUUAUUCUGGUUCAGCUAAUGCUAAUUUCUAUUUUGGUGCCACAUUAGCAUUUUCAACAGGACAGAUAUUUUUAGUCACCGACUUACUAUUUGCAUACGUGAAACGAGAGUUUUGUCUUUUCAAUGGUCAAAAAAUUAUUGUACAGGGCAAGGAGGCCAAAAUUGUUUUAGGUUAG